UUCCCAUCUCCCUCUGUAGUUUUAACUCUUCCCUUCAUCUGUUCUUCUCUGUUGUGGAAGAAAAAACUCCAUUUUCAUUAAAGAAGGAAGGGGGAGCUGAAAUAAUGAAGAUGGGGGAGAAUGCUGCCACCAAGAACCAUCACCAGCAACACCACCAAGUUUUUGAUAUCUCCUUAGAUGUCCCUCCCAAAGCUGGCUCCAAAUGUUUCGACGACGAUGGCCGUCUCAAGCGAACAGGAACUGUAUGGACUGCAAGUGCCCACAUCAUAACCGCAGUGAUAGGCUCUGGAGUGCUGUCCUUGGCAUGGGCCAUAGGUCAGCUGGGAUGGAUUGCUGGUCCUACUGUGAUGUUCCUCUUCUCCUUUGUGAUUUACUACACUUCAGCUCUCCUUGCCGAUUGCUACCGGUCCGGCGACCCAGACUCCGGGAAGAGAAACUACACUUAUAUGGAGGCUGUUCGAUCCAACCUUGGUGGGUUUAAGGUCAAGAUUUGCGGACUAAUUCAGUACCUGAACCUUUUUGGUGUCGCUAUUGGAUACACUAUUGCAGCAUCUAUAAGCAUGAAGGCUAUUAAGCGGUCAAAUUGCUUCCAUGAGACAAGAGGAAAGAGCCAAUGUCAGAUGUCAAGCAAUCCAUACAUGAUCAUGUUCGGAAUUGUAGAAAUUUUGUUCUCCCAAAUCCCUGAUUUUGAUCAGAUAUGGUGGCUCUCCAUUGUCGCAGCUGUUAUGUCCUUCACUUACUCUACAAUUGGUCUGGCGCUUGGAAUCGCUAAAGUUGCAGAGACUGGGAAAUUCAUGGGAAGCCUCACUGGAAUAAGCAUCGGCGCCGUCACCAGCAACGGCACCGUCACUGAGACCCAGAAGAUAUGGAGAAGCUUCCAAGCACUGGGAGACAUCGCCUUCGCUUACUCUUACUCGAUAAUUCUGAUUGAAAUCCAAGACACAAUCAAGUCCCCACCUUCAGAAGCCAAGACGAUGAAGAAAGCAACCCUUGUCAGCGUUGCAGUAACGACUCUGUUCUACAUGCUCUGUGGUUGCAUGGGCUACGCAGCAUUCGGCGACGCAGCACCCGGAAACCUUCUCACUGGUUUCGGAUUCUACAACCCAUAUUGGCUUCUUGACAUUGCUAACGCCGCCAUUGUAAUUCACCUAGUCGGAGCUUACCAGGUCUACUGCCAACCCCUGUUCGCCUUCAUCGAGAAAUGGGCAAUAAACAAGUGGCCCAAGAGUGAAUUCAUCACAAAAGAUAUCAAAGUACCACUCCCAGGUUUAAAGCCUUACAAUUUGAACCUCUUCAGAUUGAUUUGGAGGACUCUGUUCGUUAUUGCAACCACAGUCGUUUCAAUGCUUCUUCCCUUCUUCAAUGACAUAGUUGGAAUCCUCGGAGCUUUUGGGUUUUGGCCACUCACUGUUUACUUCCCAAUUGAGAUGUAUGUGGCGCAGAAGCAAAUACCCAAAUGGAGCUCUCGGUGGAUUUGUCUGCAAGUCCUCAGCUUUGCUUGUCUGGUCAUUUCAAUUGCAGCUGCUGCCGGUUCCAUUGCAGGGGUUAUGCUUGAUCUCAAGGUGUAUAAGCCAUUCAAGACCACUUACUAAUCUCAGAUUGUCAUAGUUGUCGUCAGUUCGUCGACAUUGAAUUACCUGUUAAAGGCUGAGAGUUAAGAAAAAUUAAAUCCUGUUGGAUUCCACAACUACUGCUAAUGUUCAUAAAAGCCUAAAGGCGGUGGUGGUGGUGGGGUGGGCUUGCUUGUAAUUUUUAGUUUUCUGUUUUACUUUGUAAGAUUAAAGAAUGAGAAGAAUGCUGAAUCGUGUUUCGUUACGCUGAAUUCAAAGU